CGGUAGUAGAAGUCUGACUAGUCACACGUUUGUUACGGCUUUAGACACAACUGCGCGUUCCGCGUUCAAAACCGCAGCCGAGAAAACAAUCCCCCCUCACUCCGAGAUCGUUUACGUGUGUGUUAUCAUCACCCCCACCACACGACACACUGUCCAUCACUACACACACACACGCGAGACGCGGAGAAAAAAUGAUCGCGGUGUUUAGUGAGUUGAGUUGACGCGGCGCGUUUGAUCCCUGGUGUGUGGGACGUUUGAAAUCGGCAGUUGACUACCGCUUGUUGUAAACAGCACUUAACCUACCGCGUUCGUUCGACUCCCAGUUACCUAGGAGAUCCUCUUGUGUUUUUCAACUACUGUUGUUACACUUGUAGUUACACUCUUCCAAGACAAAAACAGUUAGUUACACUCAGUUUGUUGUUACAAGACUAUCAUCAAACACAGGUUUUCGUGAAUUUGUGAUCAUCUGUGGAGAACUCUGCUAAUUUACAAAAAGUUUCAUCUGAUUUUGUGAUCAUCUUCGAGAAACUCUGUUGAUCUUCAAAAAGUUUCAUCUGACAUUGUGAUUGUCUUCAGAAAACUCUGUUAAUCUUCAAAAAGUUUCAUCUGAUUCUGUGAUCAUCUUCAAGAACUCUACCGAUCUUCAAAAUUAGUUACUCUGUGUUCAUCCUCUAGAACUAUACAAGUUACUGAUCUUCUUGAGAACAUCCUCACGAUCAAUCCACUGAACUUGAUACUGAUUUUGUGAUCAUCUUCAAGAACUCUAUUAAUCUUCAAAUAUUUUUUUGUGUUUCUUUUCUACAACUGAACACCCAGUUACUGAUGUUUUUGAGGACAUCUUCACGAUCAAUCUACUGAACUGGGUACUGAUUUUGUGGUCAUCUUCACCAAAACUCUACCAAUCUUCAAAAAGUUCACUUGUGUUUAUUCUCUACAACUGAGCACCCAGUUACUGCUAUUCUUGAAAGUAUCUCCACGAUUAAUCCACUAAACUAGGUACCUCUGUGAUCGUUCAAACUUUACCUUGUGUUCAUCAUCUUCUUCAAAAGCUCAAGUUAAUCUUUGAGUUAUCUUCUGAAAGUGUGAUCACUGUGCUACACGGAACUACCUCUACACUGUGACUGUAGUUCCUGAAUUUCUGUGACUGUACGGAUUUCUCCUAGUGUUUUGUUAUUUAUAACUUGGAACUUUAAAUCCUCACAUAGUGUUCAACCAUCUCCACAGAGACUACAUAGUUUAUGAAGUGGCACUUCUGAGAUUGUUUCGAGAACCUACAACCUCUUCAACAUUUGAUAGCCUACAAGGUACAGCUUUGGAGUUGAUCAUCUCCCUUCCCUAAAUUGUGUAGCUAAUAAAUAGAAAACUGAGGAACAUUGUUUUUAGUCGUGUGAGAUGUCUCUGCUGGAAAGAACAGUGCAUCAGAUCUAGUCUCCAAAUUCUAACCUCAAUUAUAAGAACUUUAUAAAGAUCUCAAUCUGCCUGGUGUAUGAUAUUUUAGAAGUUUCUGUUAUUUAUUUCAAAGAGUAGAACAUUCGUAUUCUCGUGAUAAUUUAGAUGGAAAAUAAUUGUGCAAAUCUCUAAAUGAUGACACUUUUUUGAUGGACAUAAUAGUCUAGUCCCAUCACUGUCAUAUACACCUUGUUGUAGAGAAACAGAUUGACUCACAAACAAUAAAUUUCGAAAGUUUCUUCACUCCUCAAAAUGUCCAAAUUUAGGUUAUUGUAUAACUCUGGUAAAUUGUUGUGUUGAUCACAAUGAUUGACUCUUUCUAGUCUCAACAUCAUCAUCGUAAAAAUUUGUGUACUAUUCUAGAACAUAAUUCAUCGUCUCUACGAACUAUCAAGCACCUUAGUGUUGUGAAAUCCUACGAACACUACAACAUAAUCUCCAACGUGUUCCUGAGACAGUAUUCUUCAUAUUAUUAUAUACAUAGUGACAUUUUCUGUGCAAUUUUCGACAAUUCAUCAUCUCUCCGAACUUUGAAACACUUCAGUUGUGAACUUCAACGAACUCUAAGUCUCCUCCAACGUGUUCCUGAGUUACAACAUCGUGUAAAAUCUUUGGAAACUCGAGGUAUUUCGAGGUGGAAUUGUGAAGAAUUUCUUGUUUGACACUGUCAAUGUGCGGCGAUGAUGUGUAGUAUGACUGUGCAUUAUAUUUUGGUGGAAUUUAGUCGGUGAAGUUAGUGGAUUUGGACUAAGUCAUCAACCAGUGACAGACUGGCGUUGACUGCAAUGUCCGCCUUCCCGCCGUUUAGAGGCUCGCCGUCUAGCCAGUCAAGCGCCGCCCCCGCUAGCCCGCCCGGCAGCAUCCGACCACCCCCAAGCUCCCCGGGCUCUCCCAGUCCGCCUUCAGGGGGCCCCCCUCUGCCACCCACCCCCGGGGGCGGAGGACCCCCCCGCUGCUGCGACACCGGCCGGCCCCUCUUCGACCCCCUGACGGGGCAGACCAUCUGCUCCUGCCAGUACGACCUCCUCGGCUACCAGAGGCUGGCAGCCUCCAGUGCUGCCGCUCUCCCUGGCCUAGGGAUGUACAGCGCCCCCUACCACGAAGGCAUGGCCGCCUACCUACCUGGUCUAGGAGCUGAGCAGAGUCCGUUCUACGCGUCGCCUGCUGGCCUAGAACUGAAAGAAAACCUAGCAGGAGGGGCGGCGUGGCCCUACCCCUCAGUUUACCACCACUACGAUACCACCUUCGCCGGAUAUCCAUUCAAUGGAUACGGCAUCGACCUAAACGGCGCGCGUCGGAAAAACGCGACGCGGGAAACAACGUCAACCCUUAAGGCGUGGCUGAACGAGCACAAGAAGAACCCCUACCCGACCAAGGGCGAGAAGAUCAUGUUGGCCAUCAUCACCAAGAUGACCCUCACCCAGGUCUCCACCUGGUUCGCCAACGCCCGCAGGAGGCUCAAGAAGGAGAACAAGAUGACCUGGGAGCCAAGGAAUAGAGUGGAAGACGAGGAUAACAACAACGAUGAUAAUAGCGGGAGGAAGAGCGCGGAUCCUAAGGAUAAUUUAGACUCGAAAGACAGCGGCACGGGCAGCAGUGAAGACGGCGACCGCCCCUCGUCACGGCGCGGCCUCGACCUCGGGGGCGGCGGAGGUGGCCCAGGGGGCGGAGGCAGCGAAUGGAGCAGUGGAUCCCGACCCGAGUCACCCGAAUGCCUCCAGCACUUCCUGCACCACCACCCCGCCUACCCGGUCCCCACCGCCCCCGGGGGAAGCAGUGGCAUCGUCAAGCCCCGCAUCUGGUCGCUGGCCGAUAUGGCAGCCAGUAAAGACACCGACAGGAGUCAAGUAGUGGCCGCCAAUAGACUGGUGUCACCUCUCCUACAUCCCGGAUACUACAGAGGGUUCUACCAUCCGUUGCCGCCUGGCCAGGAGCAGAUAUUGUUUCCAGGCGCACCAACCUCAGUAGCCGCAGUGGUAGCAGCCGCAGCUGCAGCCGGCGUCCAAUCACAACACAGCGUCGCGACGCCACUCGGUCUCAACGUAGCAACGGGAGCGUCGUCAUCUUCAUCAUCCUCGUCAACGGAACGCGAAACCGCCAAGACCGCUUCAACCGCCGCGUCGGAGCAUCGCGCCUGACAGCUGGUCACUGUGCCGCGAUAAACGUUAGUCGAUAAUCGAAGUCGAUAGUUCGAUGGUCGAUGGACAAUACACGGGCAAUCGAUAUUCGGAAGUUGAUAGUUCGAUAGUCGAAGGACAAUUAACGGGCAAUCGAUAGUCAGGAGUCGACAAUUGAUAGUUAAGGGACAAUUAACGGUCCAUAUAUAAGUUCGAUAGCCGAUGGACAAUUAACGGGCAAUCGAUAGUCAAAAGUCGAUAAUCGAUAGUCGAUAGACAGUUAACGGACAAUCGAUAAGUUGUGUAAUUGAUACGAGGUGCAAAGUUAUGAGUGUUUGUGUGAACAUCAUUGAACGAAGAUGAUUCAAGAACUAGUCGCUGUGUCGUGGUGAACUGUGAUCGAUAAUCAGACGAUCGAUAGACGGACAUUUAAGAGAGUCGAUAUGAUCGAUACACAAUCAACGUGCAAUCAUUGUUAGGAAGUCGAUUGACAAUGAUCGAGUGACUGGUGUGAAAACUUUCAUUGACAUGAAACUAGUGAGAAAAUUUUCAUUGACUAGUGAAGAUUAUUCAAGAAUAAUAGACCCUGUGUCGCGGAGAACUAUUCAGAACUCGAUAGUUGAAAGUUGAUAGUCGACGGACAAUGAAUCGAUAGUUGGUGUGAUCGGUACAUUGUGGACUGUUUUUGAGUGUUUGCAUAUCCAGUGUGGGAUCUCCUUUUAACGCGAAGUGAAGUAGGAACUGAUUUGGACCAGUAUUUUCUAAAGUAGUAAUCGGUUUAUCUUUUAUUUACAGUCAAAGUCGAUAAAUCGUUACUCAAUGCAGGAUAAAUUGAUGGUAAAAAUCGGUUGAACUAUUCUUGAUGGACAGUCUAUGAUGGAUUGCGUCUAGUAUGAAAUUGGUUUCCGACGAUUGGAGGAUGAUCAAAAACUGUUAGUUGAUGAAUUAUGAAUGCUGUACAUUCAUCAAUUUAUUAGUCAGAUAUUGAUAUUCGAUUAAGGCUUACAGCCUUCAAGUGUUAGUGAAUCUGGUAUGAUACUGCCUUGACAUUGAAAUAUCAAAAAACAAUGAGGGUAUUGUUGGGUCCAUCGUAUCAUGUUGAGGAUUUCUUGUGAACUACAUCGAUAUUUGAUUUGUGCGGUCUAUUUAUUGGUAGGCUCACUUGAAAAUCUGUUCUCAAAUCUCGACAAUAUGAACUAACUGUAGUACUCAAUCUAUUGAAAUUCCAAAUCAGAAAAAGUAAAAUUGUGCUUGGAAAACGACGAGUAUCGGGUAUCUUCAGGAGUCGACAGUUGAGUGAUCGAUACUUGUGAGUCGAUAAGUAGGCCUAUAGAGACCUAAUGUGGAAAAUCGAGAAUUAUCAGUUCUCACCUUAUCUACAGAUAAUCCACUCACAAUAGGCCCUAUCAAUAUUUGUGGACUCGGGAACUGACAUUACAUUAAGUGAUAUUUGAAAGCGAUUUUGAACUGUUAUUCAUGUGUAACUUGAAUUAAAUUAUAGACAUUUGUAAUUAUUUGAGAACAGAAAUGUUCUGCAAUUUAUUGCGAACAAUCAAAAUCAAACAAGUAAAAUCACCGAUAGGCUAUAGAUACGGUAAAUGGUGCAAUACGGGUUCUUAAAAUCAGAAUUUGAUGAGAAUAUGUAAAUUCAAUGAUUAGUGAAACCACAAAAACAUGAAAAACUUCUAGCAGGGGAUUUUAAUAACAUAAAUUUCUGAGAAUAUUCAAUAAAAUUGGUGUGAAUGAUGUUGAGAAUAUGACCAAUUUUAUGAGAUCGUAAAAUUGAUGAUUCAGGUGGAAAAAUAUUACAGAUUUAUCAGGAAAUGAAUUCUUCUUGUAUUUUACUCAUAGUACAGACUCCUCAGGUUUUGAUAAAUCCAAGUAUUAUCUUUGUAAUAAAUCUUUCAAAUCAUGAAACAUAAGAUGUCAUAGAGAACAUUGUUCGAAAAAAAAAUUCAAUCUCAAUAUUACAGUUUUCAACAUUCAGGCUAUGAAUCAUUUUUAUAAUGAAGGAUACAAAGACAAACUCUUUGAGAUAUAUAGGCUACCAUUCUACGCAAACGUGACGUCGUAAAUCGAAAAAUAUAGGACAUAAACUUGUACCAAAUUUUUAGAGAAUAAGAAAAUUAACACUUUUUU